GUGAAGACAAAGGCUGGGGCUUUUCUUAAAAGGCGCCUCCGAGCUUUGCACAGUGCAAAGUGCAGCGAGUCUGUGUCCUGGUGGCUUUGCGCUCAAGGUGGAGUUUUCUGCGCUUUCUGCCACAUCACAUCUAAUUGCUGCCGCUACGACGCGCAGAACCGAGGCUGCUGUCCUGAAAAGAGCAAGCUGUCAGGAGCAGGAAGCGGCUCGACCACAGCGGAAGCCACAGCGUUUUGCAUUUCGGGACAAUUUCACUCUUACUUUGAGUAGAGAGGUGUCGAGGAACAUGCGUCCAACGCGCAGGUGAAAUUGCUGCAACUUUUCGGUCCUACCUCGCAGUUUCGGGAGAGAAUUUUCUGGUUUGUUUGCUUGCUUGCUUCAGCUGAGAUUCACAGAAAUAGUUUUGAAUUCUUGAGAAAUGUCUCGCAAGAAGGCUGCUAAAGGCAAAGCCUCAACCAGCAGCCCGUCUGCAGGCAGCCCCACCGGGAAAGGGACCGGGAAAGCUGCGAGAAGCAGCCCGGGCAUUGUUCAGAUGAACGGUGUGGUCCAUCCCAGCAGACCCUCCAUCAGCAACAGCAGCGAGUUUUAUGACAUCGCUUUCAAGGUGAUGCUGGUUGGAGACUCUGGUGUGGGGAAAACCUGUCUACUGGUCCGUUUUAAAGACGGAGCCUUCCUGGCUGGUAGCUUCAUCUCCACUGUGGGCAUUGACUUUAGGAAUAAAGUCCUGAACAUUGAUGGAGUCAAGGUGAAGCUCCAGAUCUGGGACACAGCUGGACAGGAACGGUUCCGCAGUGUCACUCAUGCCUACUACCGUGACGCCCAUGCUCUCCUUCUGCUGUACGAUGUCACCAACAAGACAUCCUUUGACAACAUACAGGCAUGGCUGACUGAGAUCCAUGAAUACACCCAGCAGGAUGUGGUGCUCAUGCUUCUUGGAAACAAGGCUGAUGCCACUCAUGACAGAGUGGUGAAGAGAGAAGAUGGAGAGAGGCUGGCUAAGGAGUUUGGAGUUCCCUUCAUGGAGACCAGCGCCAGGUCCGGUCUCAAUGUUGAGCUGGCUUUCACUGCUGUGGCUAAGGAGCUGAAGCACAGGUCCAUGAAGGAUCCCAGUGAGAAGUUUAAGCUGCAGGAGUAUGUAAACAAGGAGAUGAAGGGCGCUGGGUGCUGCAGGUCUUAAAGCUUGCUCCACUCACUCUGAAACCACAGUAUGUGUUAGGUCAGAGGUGAGGAGUCAGCUCCAGCGAGGUACACUACCGGUCAAAAGUUUAAGAACACCCCAGUUUUUCCGGUUCUUAUCGUAAUUUCAGUAGUUCAAGUCUGGUGAAUAAUCGUAAAUGGUACAAAGGUAAGCAGUAAACUGCUCAAGGUUAGAAGAAAGAAAAAAGUUUAGGUGACCAGAAACUGAAAAUUUAUUUUGAAUUUCAUGGAGAACAAGCCUUUUCAGGGAUUAAGAAAUUGGUUUACUUGCAGCUUUCCUGCAGCAGUGAAAGUAAAUUAAGUCUUGAGCAUGAAUCCAAACAGUUGGGUGCCCCCAACUUUUGUUGAUUACUUAGAAACCCUCUGUACAAAGGCAGUGUUGAAACAGUGUUACUACACCCUCUGAUGCAUUAUUAGGACAAUACUGUGCUGCAGGAAGUAGUACUGUAUAUAUAACUGGAAAAAUAGAGGCAUUCUAAAACUUUUGACUAGUAGUGUAUAAACCUGUUUGUCCUCUUUCUCCAGUCUCCAACCUCUCCGUCUCAGUACUCACAACCUCAAUCUGUUGCCCUGCACUCAUCUCACUGCCCUCCUCUAUCUUGCGUGUCAUGCUUUUCCUCACCCACCUCGUUCUGCAGCUGUGAAUGUAGCCCUUAGGUUAUUGUUUGCAAUACACAAAGAUAGGUAGGAGAUGCACACCUCAGUUAUUAACCUAUUAAUGGACAUUUUCUUCUAUAUAUCCGCAUGAUUAUCUUUUGAUCCCAGGCAGAGAAUCUGACACAUAGGAAAUACCUUUGCAUUACCAACUGUGGUGAUUUUAUUGUGACAGGACUUAAUCUCUUUACAGAGACGAGGCACAUGUCUUUCAAAGCCAUUUAUUUCUUACAUCCAUUUAAAAUGUCAGUGACAUUUGUUUGUCUUCUCAUUCAAUGUACGGAUGAAUGUUCAUAUACUAGAUGUACAGUGAUGUGUCUUCUGUCCAUGGUUCUGUGUUCACGUCAGUAAUUCAGGCUCCCUGGAGCCAGUUUAGCUCACCAGCAUAAACUCAACCUAAGCAUUUCCAUAAUUCAGCUGUGGAUAUUUGGGAAUAUAUAUUACUUCAGCAUAACGUAAAAGUAAAUGAAUGUUGCUCUUUUGUAUAAAAGGAUUAAGUACAGAAUAGCAUCAUUAGCUAUGUUAAAGCAUUGUUUUAGCAGAGCUGAAUCCAUGCCAAAUGUAAAAAUGGAACCGUAGUUUAAAUAAAUCUACAUGCAUGUGUUACAGAACCUAAAAGUUUUCAGACAAAUUUUGGGGAUUUUUUUCCAAUUAUACAGGAUGAGUUUUGAGUCUUUGAGAGCUCUAAUGCAACUUCUUUUCUUGAUAUUAUUAUUAUAUGUUCCUUUGUUUUGAAAUUAUUUAAAAACAGAUGGUCAAACGUACUGUGUGUAAUCUAUACACAUUGGGGUUAAGAUGGUGUAAAUACUUAACACUUUUUUUCCUGCAUGUAAAAAAAAAGUUUCAAUGGAGGAGAAUAGCACUUUAGAUGGUAAAUGAACAGGGGAUGGGUUACAGGAAUAAAGACAUACGGUAUGUUGUUACAUAAAGUAUUGCAUAUGAAACACAUAUGUAUAUUUCUGUUUUUUCUGUUUUAUUUUUGGCCAGUGCAAAAAUUACUAGACUGCUUUAAUUCCUGCUUUUUUUUUCCAUUCAUGAAUAAGAUUUAGAUGUGAUAUAUAGUGCCAUGGUCUUUUAAAAACAUUUUUGAUGAGUAUGUUUCUUAUAAUCUGUUGACAGUAUUGAACCUAUUCUUCAGAAAAGAAGCAUAGGCCUCUUUUUAUAUGACCGUUGCUUUGGUAGAUUUCAUCUUAGUCAUAGAAACCACAAAGACUAAAUCUCUACAGUUCUUACUGUACAUUCUCCAAUCUUGAUGUUCUCAUGUGAUGUAUUGGUUUUUGGGUUUACUACUUUUCAAUGUACAUCUUCUUUCUUGUGACUGAAAGUUAACCACAAUAAAAAAAUUAAAAAAUAAAAUUAAAAAAACAGAAGAUAAUAUGU